AGGAUCCAAACUGGUAAACCCCGGCCGCCGAAGUGGAGCAUGUGAACUCAACCACUACACCACGGGCUGGUCCCAGAAAGCAAAUAUUUGUGGCGUGGCAACCCCACCGUCUCUCUGGCAGCGGCCGUAGGCUCCAUGUAAAUGAACGCGUGUGGCCGUGUGCCAAUAAAACUUUAUUUACAAAAACAAGCCGGGGGCCGGAGUUGGCCAGCCGCUGGUGUCACUUAGGGGAAUGUCCAGAAUGAAAAGUAAACUUAAAAGUGCGCGUGUCUGCGGCGCUUUCCUUGUGAAUGGCCCCGGCGCUGUGAGGAAAUAGGCUCGUGCUCUUCGAAAACUCGUCUCCAAUUCGGGAAAGAAGCUGCCCACGUGGCUGAUGAACCCGAGUGGCAUUCUCCUUGUCCUUGUCCCGCGUUGGUCUCGUUCACAGACAGGAGGACAGCGAAUGACGUCCGUGUCAGAACCGCACUCGAGUGUCAGUGGCCACAGGGGUUGGCUCGUGACGUGAAUCUGACAAAACUCACCUGGAACGUUCUGUGGGACUCAGUCGUCUGUGUGGAACUUACGGCCCGAUGGACGCCUUCAGCACCAAGAGCCUGGCCCUGCAGGCGCAGAAGAAGCUGCUGGGCAAGGUGGCCUCGCGGGCGGUGGCGGUCGCGUUCCUGGACGACGCGAGCAGCGAGGUGCUGGACGAGCUGUACCGCGCCGCCAAGGAGUUCACGCGCAGCCGCAAGGAGGCGCAGAAGCUGGUCAAGAACCUGGUCAAGGUGGCCCUGAAGCUGGCCGUGCUGCUCCGCGGGGGCCAGCUGGGCGCCGACGAGCUGGCCCUGCUGCGCGGCUUCCGCCAGCAGGCGCGUCGCCUGGCCAUGACGGCCGUCAGCUUCCACCAGGUGGACUUCACCUUCGACCGGCGCGUGCUGGCCGCCGGGCUGCUCGAGUGCCGGGAUCAGCUGCACCAGGCGGCCGGCCGCCACCUCACCGCCAAGUCCCACGGCCGCAUCAGCCACGUCUUCGGCCACCUGGCCGACGGCGACUUCCUGGCCGCGCUCUACGGGCCGGCCGAGCCCUACCGCUCGCACCGGCACCGGCUCUGCGAGGGCCUCUCCAGGAUGCUGGACGAGGGCAGCCUCUGAGCGCCCCCGGCAGGGAGGAUGGGGUGCGCGUUUGUCUUUUUGGUCCUUUCGUCCCAGUCCACCCACUCUGUCCCAGGCCAGACCCCCCGCGGCCGGCGCCCCGUGCCCGCUCGGAGGGUGACAGACCGCUCCCCACAGGACCACGUGCCUCCCCUCCCGCCCCCUCUCGAUGGGGAGAUGGACUCGGCGUGGGGACCUCACGCGCACCUCGAGGUGGCCGUCUGAGCCGCGACAGGCGGUGGGGGACGCGUCUGCACCCUCAGACCACCGAUGGCUCUGAAAUCGGGGCUGCCCCCUCACGGGGUCCCGGCUUUUUCGUCCUUUGGGCGGCGUCCUGGGGACCUGGAGGAGCGGGGGCGUCAGGGCCGAGCAGCGUCCCCCGCAGACCCCUCGGUUGAAUUCCUGACCCGGCGCCUCCCGUGGCACCUGGCUUGGAAAUAGCGUUGCUGCCGAGGUUGUUCGCUGAGCGAGGUCAUUGUGGAGCAGGGUGGGCCCCGACCCCGGGGGACUGGUGUCCUUAUAAAAAGGGGACAUUUGUGCCCGGACACAAACGAGAAGGGCGCACAGAGAUGGAGGCAGGAGUCGGAUGGAUGCCCAGGAAGGCCCGCGACCCCCAGCGACCCCUGGCGGGAACCGGCCCACCACCCCUUGAUCUCCGACUUCAGCCUCGGGAACUGGAAGUGCACCCGCUUUGGCGGUUCCAGCCGCCCCGUCUGGGGUGCCCUGUCCGGUGGCCCCGGGAACAAGCACAGGCAGCUGGGCUGCGGGCUACGGGGGGCCCAUCGGCGAGGACGCCUCCAUUGGGUCCAGAUUGCCACCCUGACUCCCACAUGGAGUGGACCAACCCUCCACAUGCGUGACUUGUGUUUGUCAGAAGGGGGCAUGGGUUGGAGAAGGUUAAAGGUCGCUGCAGGUCUGGCCACAUUGGGGUCAGGAUGGUUGUCCCGGGCGCCCCGGGUGGAGGGGCAGCGGCGUCCCUGACUGUUUUGCACAGCCGGGUCUGCCGAGGGCAAAGGUCACUAACAGGAGGCCUGCCGCAGGCCUUAUUAGGCGAGAAGCUGGCUUUGCUCCAUCCCAUCGGGUGUCCAAGACGUUUGGGGUCAGCUGCCAACCUGAAAACCGAGGCAGUUGCAGCUCCCCAUCUAGAAUUGGAGUUUCUCUCGAAAAUUGGCUGGUGCUUGCAUUGCCUGCCCGGGAGCCGCACAGAGCUGCCCCGUCCCUGCUUUGCUGCAGUCCCCACCGCUCCCUUUUGCCUCUCCCUGGCCUGCUGCGCCGGCUGGGAGAUCCCGACCCCGGAUUCAGGGCGGCCUGGCUGUGGUUUGGUUUCUGCUUCCCUGAAAUAGCCAAAGGCUGUUGCGUGGGGGCCGGCUGUCCCUCCUCGGCCUCCCUUCUGGGCGAGUGUCCCCUCUCGUCUCCAGUCGUCGAGACGGCUCUGCAAACUCAAGCAGGGACGUGCGUUUUGAUGACCCGGAAGCCCCAGAUGCCACCCUUUGCCCUCGGCUCUGCUGACUGACUCUGUCCACGCGUGUGGUCUCUGGACCUGGUCCCCGCUGUGCUGUCCGGCCUGGCUUGGCUCUUUACACAAAUUUGAGAUUGAAUCUUAAAAAACCAAAGAGCAUGACAGAACCCUUUAAAUAAAGGCACAUCCCCCAUUUGC